AUGGACUCAUCGUCGUCUGGAACAACUUCAUCGACGAUUCAAACGUCGUCAGGACCUGAGGAGAGUCUCAUGGAGCAGAGGAAACGGAAGAGAAUGCUCUCGAACCGUGAAUCAGCGAGGAGGUCAAGAAUGAAGAAACAGAAGCUUCUUGACGAUCUAACGGCUCAGGUUAAUCAGCUUAAAAAAGAAAACAACGAGAUCGUGACAAGUGUCAGCAUCACAACACAACAUUACUUGACCGUGGAAGCAGAGAACUCUGUCCUCAGAGCUCAGCUUGAUGAACUCAGCCACAGGCUUGACUCUCUAAACGACAUCAUCGGAUUCCUAGACAAUACAGACAAUGGGAUCUCUUCGAACGUUCUGUCGUCUGGUCCAGAGUCUGAUGAUUUCCUCGUGAAUCAUAUUAAUAUGAACAUGUUUUAUAUGAACCAGCCCCUCAUGGCAUCUUCUGAUGCGUUACUGUAUUAG